GAUGUUCUAACCCCAUUUACUCAUGGUUUUUUAUAUGAAUACGAAAAAAAAUUGUUUGGUGUUGUGAAAAUCGAUGUCGUGCUUAAUAUAGAUAAAUAUCCGUGGUGGAACUAUUUGUGAUCAUGGUGUUUGACUUCGCAUUAAGGACGAGUAUCGUCCUGUACUUGAUAGGUUUCUAUAUCGGAACAUCUACUGGUCUUUAUCAGACACGACCUCACAUAAUUGUGAUCAUGGCUGAUGAUUUGGGGUGGAAUGACGUAGGUUUUCACGGUUCAAAUCAAAUACCAACUCCAAACAUUGACGCUCUUGGUUACAACGGAGUAAUAUUAAACAGGCAUUAUGUACUUCCUUCGUGCACACCAUCUAGGACUGCUUUUUUCACUGGAAAAUAUCCCAUUAGAAUGGGAAUGCAGGGCGACGGCAUUCAGGGGGGUGAACCGAGAGGACUUCCCUUGAAUGUGCGCAUUUUACCGGAACACCUUCGUCGAUUAGGAUACGUGACGAAGCUUAUCGGAAAAUGGCACGUUGGAUUUCAUACACCUCAGCACACGCCUCUUCACAGAGGUUUCGAUUCAUUCCUUGGAUUUUACAACAGUUACAUCACUUAUUACGAUUAUAAAUAUUCCCAAGGAAACAUGACUGGAUUCGACCUGCACAGUGGGGAUGACCCAGCAUACGGACUUCACGGUAUCUACGCUACCGAUCUUUUUACAGAAGAGGCAUUGAGAAUUAUUGAUCAUCAUGAUCCCCAAAGACCUCUUUACCUUCAAAUAUCUCACCUAGCCGUUCAUGCACCCGUGGAAAUGCCACCCGAGGAUUACAAUAACAAAGAUUUUUCUCAUAUCCACGAACACAAUCGUCGCAAGUAUGCUGCGAUGGUAGCCCAGUUGGAUAAUUCUCUCGGGCGAGUUGUUGCUUCCUUGGGAGACAAGGGAAUGCUGAAAGACUCUUUAAUCCUGUUCCUCAGCGACAACGGUGCAGCUUCUAUUGGCAAAUUUCGAAAUUGGGGUUCCAAUUACCCUUUAAAAGGAACAAAAUACACUCUGUACGAAGGAGGCGUGAGAGGAGUUGCAGCGUUGUGGUCUCCUAGAUUACACCAGAUGGCAUACGUUUCUGAGAAUCUGAUACACAUUACCGAUUGGCUUCCAACAUUUUAUGCCGCUGCCGGUGGUGAUCUGAAGGAUCUUGGCGACAUCGAUGGCAUAAAUCAAUGGCCAGCUCUCGGUGAAGAUUGUCCUCCAACCAGGGACUCGCUCCUAUUGAAUGUCGACGAAGUAUCAAAAACCGAGGGGGCUAUACAUGGACGGUAUAAAAUUAUUCGAGGCUCCGUUAAACGUGGAUACUAUGACGGAUAUCAUGGUGAAUCGGGAAGAAAUCGGGAUGUUCCCCUCUACAAUACGACUAGAGUUCUGAGGAGUGCAGUUUCGCGUAGCAUAACUGCUCAUCUUGGUGGUCCCGUAACUCAACCUAGCGCAAUGAUAACUCUUCGACAGAAAGCAACUGUUCAGUGUUACGCAAACGCCACCCAUUUCAUAAGACAUAAUUCAGGGUCCUGCAACGAAACCGAGUGUCUCUUUGACAUAGUUAAUGAUCCUUGCGAGAUUCGCAAUAUUGCAAAGGAGUAUCCCAGAAUGGUCACACAACUGGAUCUGUUUCUGGAAAAGUACGGGAAUGUCCUGAUGAAGCAAGCCAAAUUGCCUAUUGACUGGAUGGCCAAUCCGAGGGGAAAAAACAAUACUUGGGAACCCUGGUUAAAUCCAGGAGCAAUGCUCUACGCAUAUGCGAGUGCUGCAACUGCAAUUAGUACAUUAGCGGUUUGUGCACAUCUCGGAAUGGCAUUAUUAAUAGUUGGACUGAGAGUAUUCAUUUGACUGCAAGAUUCUUGCACCAUCAAAAGUAAUAACGCGGUAUUUUACUCGUCUACGAGAGAAGACACAGAUAUCGAUUUAAAUAAAGUUGAAGUUUAGUAAAGUCAAUGCAUAACCAAUAGUUUCCAGAACAUUAAGUUUGUCGAUGCAGGAUAAAACAAAUACAACGUGGUAUGUCAUGUAAUUUCAACUUUCAAACAUUUCAAAUGUUAACUGCACCUUCAGUUUCUAUCAGAAUUUAUUACGACAGUUAAUAAUCAAUGAAAAAGGUUUACAAUGAUCGUAGUGUAAAUAGAUUAUAAUGAAUUUUACACAAUAUUUCAGAAGAAUAGUAUUUCUUUACUAAAUUCAUUCAGGUAUUUGUAAGUCUGUUUACAUACUACGACCACCAACGGUAGUACAAGUAGGUUGGUACAACUAUAUUUACUAUAUUUCAAUCGUUGCGGAUAACACAUAUUCUAAUUAUAUUUAUUUUUUUCGUUGGCGAUUUUACGUUUUAUACACCAAUAGCGGAAUAACUAUUAACACAUUACUUACCGGCGGAUUUGGGGAUAAAUGGCGAUCACGGGUAUCGCAAAACCAAUUAAUAAGCUUUCAGUUGGUAAUGUGUUAAGCGUAAUGUAUCCGUAGUCGUGAAUAACUAGGACACGUUUUCUUCUAUAUCCGUGAAUAAGCGUUCGACAUGCCAAUAGCAGCGUGAGGUGUAGUUAAAUAUAGUAUUUAUUGAAACUUGUGCAGUAGUGUAAUAAAAUGACAAUAUUACGAGUUAGUUAUCUACCUUAAGUGACACAAGUUAUUGAUAAAUGUUUUAAGCGGUGUUUUUUACUUUCAAACUUCCUUAACGUUCCAUAUUGUAGAUCUACACAUUAAACAAAAAAUAUUAGUUGAAAUAAUAUUUCUUAAGAUAAGGAAAUUGUUCUUGUUAAUCUUCCAGUGGGAGAAACGGAAUUAUCAAACGGAAAUAUUUAAGUGGAAACUAUUCCGAGUAUGAAGUUCGUGGAACACCGCAGCAUUACCUUAGCUUAUCUAAUGAAGAUACAUAAAUGCACGUGUCUCUA